UUUUUUGUUUUGUUUUGUUAUUAGAUUCUUGAGAGAAAAAAGAAUAUUAAAGAAUUGUGCGAAACAAAUUCUCUUUAUUUAAAAAAAUCAAUAUUUGGAAUCAAUUUUCAGAGAAAAAAAAAUUCAAAAAAGAUUGAAUUUCUGUUUCUGUUGUUGUUUUCUCGAUCUGAAUCGAAAGAUAAUCAUCUCGGUUGAUUUUUUUUGUGUUCGAAUGGCGACUCGAUCUUUGUUGUUGUUAUUCAACUGGCUUCUUAACUGUGUAACAAAUUGAAAACAUUCAAUGGAUACAUUUUAGGUUAUUUUUUUGUUGUUUGUUACGAAUCCAAAUCUUCAUUUCAUUUAGAUGUAUUAAUCAUGAAUAAUCAUAACAAACAAUUAUCAUCAUCAUCAUCAAUGAUGAUGAUGAUACCCAAUAAUAAAGAUGUACAUUUAUUACAUCGUUUAAAUUCAAAUAUGACCAAUUUGAUUACUAAUAAUCAUGAUAUAUUUAUUGAUGAUUUACAUAUUUGUAAAGUUAUUCUUUAUAAAGAAAUCAACGAUACAAGCAUUCAUAUAUGGGACCUGAUUAUAUUUAUUCCAAAUAUUCUAUUUCUUUUAUAUCUAAUAUGGCAUUCACAAUCGGCUAAAGAUCGUGUACGACAAUUGAAAAAUUUUCCAAUAUUAAGAAAUUUCUAUAUAUUUAUUUAUUUAUGUGUUAUUAUUUCAAUGAUACGUUGUAUUAUUUCAUCAUUGAUGAAAGUUCAUACAUUUGGUGGUGAUCUUACCGAUAAGAUAUUCUGGGUGAUUGUACGAUUUUUUCUUCUUUCAACAGAAAUAUCUGUACUUGUAUUUGGUUUAUUUGCCGGCCAUCUUGAUGUUCGACAAUCAAUACGACGUAUAUUGACAAUAACAUUAAUUAUAUCAUUAGUUUAUUCAAUAUGUCAAGGUUCAUUUGAAAUUAUUUCACCUGAUGCAUCAUUCUAUAUACAUUCAAAAUCAUAUUAUUUAUUUGGUCAUGGUGGUAUGAUAUUCUGGUUUGGUACUUGUUUUCUUUCAUUUUUUAUUUAUUUAAUUGUUGUAUUGUUACCAUGGUCACCAUGUCGUCAUCGUCUUUUAUUACCAACAAAAAGAUCAUUCUAUUUUUAUGCAGCAACAUUAUCAUCGCUCAAUUUAAUACAAGCAAUUGGUGCAUUAUUAUUCUUUUUGAAUGUUGCUGAAGGAUUAUGUAUUGUUGAUGCAACAACAUAUUUAUAUUUUACCUUCUUCACACCAUUGGUUUAUUUCAUAUUUUUAUCACCAUUUUUAGCUGCCGGUACAACAAAUUCGGUUGCAUCAGCAUUAGUAACAACAACUGUUGGUGUUGAAUCUACACAUAAUCCUAAUCGUCCAAUUGUACCAUUAACACGUCCAACAAAUCUAUUUAAUUCGGGUGUUCGUGGUGCUGUUAAUUUUUCUUAUCGACCACAAAUUGAUGAUGAAAUUGAAAAUGAAGAUGAAUUUGCCAGUAGUAUUGGUAGUUUUACCGGUGGUGGAUUACAUUUUGAUCAUUAUGGUCCAUAUGCUUAUAAUCAACAACAACAACAAGGUCGCCAUGGAUAUCUAAAUUAUAGCGGUAGUAUUGGCAGUGGAGGAAUACCAAGAGAUUUUUCUUCAUUCUCAAUGCAAACAGCAAUCAGUACAAAUUCAAAUGAUCUUUUAGAAAAUCAAAAUAUUGAUCUUAAUCGAUCUGGAAAAAAAUCCAAUACAAAUCUACGAAUUGGUGAUAAACAAUCGAAUAAUGGAAAUGAUGAUUCCGAAAUGACCAAUGCCAAAGAUCAUUUAUUAGAAUCUCAUAUGCUUAAAGAACAAAAAUCUAGAUCAACAACAACAAAUGAUAAUCAAUGUGAUGAAAAAAUGCAAUCCGAAAAUAUUUUAGAAUCCAUCGAACAUUAAAUAACUAAUUAUUAAUUGCAAAAUUCUUUUGAAACAAAACGAAAAAAGAAAUUUAAUUUUUUUUGUA